AUGUUGAUCCGCUCGGCCUCGGAGCAUGACCCCGACUCCGUAUACAAAGUGCCGCUCCUAUCCUGCGAACCGACAGACAGUCCGGCACCGUUCGAAAGGAUGUCUAUGUCAGCUACUGUGACCAGGGUAAACCCCGAUAUCUCCCCGAUAGAAGACAACAAUGGCCAACCGGGACUAGAGCUCCAAGAGCUGAACGCGACGAAGACCAGCGACUCCACCGGGACCGAUCGCCCUUACGAUAAGAAGCAGAGUAUGUCGCAGAAACCGCCCAAGAACUACGUCGUUCCGUCCCAGGACCACCCGCUAUUCCCGCCACUGCCUUCGUACGGCCCUCCUUCCUUCGUGUUUACCAUAAAGUGUCGGGUGCUGCAAUGCGUGUCGUUUCUGCUAUCGCUGCUGUUUCUGGGUGCCGUACUUGUCGGGGCACUUGUGUGCAGGACCCGACUCGCUGUUUCCCACGCCAAGGCCCGCCUCCAAGGCCGAGAUCCCAAUGAGCAACGAGCGUUCUACGAGGAGGAGCGAGCACGGGAGUUGGAGAGGCAGAAAAACUUGCAGAAGUGGAGGCGUCGACAGGAGAAGAAGGAAGUCGACGAAGAAGCUCCCGACGAGUGUCCGCCUCUGGAAGGUGGGAAGGAUCCGGUCAUAUGCGAUGUGGCGUAUUACGCCAGAAGGGUCGGCCUGGACGUGGAGACGUUCCGGGUACAGACAGAGGAUGGAUUCAUAAUCACUCUGUGGCAUGUUUAUAACCCACAGGAGUACAUGCCCUUGCCUGCCGAUGCGAGGGCGCCUCGUGGACCUGGGGUGUUUACAGGGAAGAAGGACCCCGGGCUCUUUUCACGGUCGAACCGCAAAUAUCCCAUUCUUCUCAUGCACGGGUUACUGCAGUGUGCCGGCGCGUACUGUGCCAACGACGAAGAUAGUCUUGCCUUUUACCUUUGCAAGUCGGGGUACGAUGUGUGGCUGGGUAAUAACCGCUGCGGACUGACUCCGGAACACACGACAUUGUCUACGUCGGAUCCACGGAUGUGGACGUGGAAUAUCCAGCACAUGGGCGUACUGGACCUUUCCGCCCUUGUAUCGCGCGUUCUGUAUGAGACCGGCUUCGAGAAACUAGGUCUUGUGUGUCAUUCGCAAGGCACGACGCAAACGUUCGUUGCACUGGCGAAAGACCAACGUCCCGAGCUAGGCGAGCGUAUAUCAGUCUUUUGUGCUCUGGCUCCAGCUGCGUAUGCCGGGCCAUUGAUCAAGAGAAGUUACCUCCGCUUCAUGCGGAUCAUCUCCCCGAAUGUCUUUCGCAUCGUGUUCGGCAUCCAUGCUUUUAUUCCCUUCAUGAUGACGGUCCACCGGUAUCUUCAUCCGAAGAUAUACGGUACGCUGGGCUAUUACGUGUUCUCGUAUCUCUUCGGCUGGAGUGACACCCGUUGGGAUCGCGGCCUACGGGACCGUAUGUUUCAGUUCGCUCCGGUAUACGUCAGUGCCGAGACAAUGCGAUGGUGGUUGGGCGGUGAAUGCUUCGCCACACAGAAGUGUAUCUUGGCCACUCGUGACGUCGGCCUCCUUGAGACGGAAGAGGAUCAUCGCUUUGAAAAAGGCAUCGAUGAUGGGACCUUGCGUAGCAAUACCGCAUGGUACGGAUCCCAGGCUCCCCCGAUGGCUCUAUGGGUUGCGGGGGCCGACAAUUUGGUGGAUGGCAGGAAAUUGCUUCGGCGGUUCCGCAAUGGACGUGAGCCCCAUGUGCAUGUUGUCCAUGAGAAGGUUAUCGAGGAGUACGAGCAUCUCGACGUCUUGUGGGCCAUGGACGUCAUUGAGCAAGUAGGAAAGGAGGUACGACAGGUCCUCUGGACAACGAUGCCGGAUGAUGCCCGCGCCGUGUGUCGGGUGCCGAAGGGUGUGCAGUAA